CGGAAGCUUGGCUGGAUUAGUAUAAAUACGGUGGAUAUCCUGAGGGGGACUUCAUAUUAAAACUUCCCGCAAUUGGUUAGAGGAACGGACAUCCGGUCUCCUAUAUCAGUACACUCUUCACUUUUUCUUCUUCCUUUCCUCUUCUGUUUCACCACCAUUUCGCUCCUUUUCUCUACGUUUUCCAGAAUUCACAAUGGGUGCUGUUGAUAUCCCUGAGCUGCAGUAUACGCCCCUCGACGACAUCCAGGGGCAUGUUGCUGAGCUACGCCAGACCUUCUCGGAGCACAAGACCCGCGAUGUCGAGUUCCGUCUGGUCCAACUCCGCAAGCUCUACUGGGCCAUUAAAGACCGCGAAGACAGAAUCGCCGAAGCUUGUCGGUUGGACCUGAACAAACCCGCCUUCGAGACCAUCAUUGCGGAGAGCGGCUGGCUGGAGAACGACUGCGUAUUCGUGUCGCGGAAUCUGCAAAAAUGGGCCAAGGAUGAGAAGGCUGAGGAUAUCGAACUUACGUUCAAGUUUAUGAACCCCAAGAUUAGGAAGGACCCGUUGGGUAUGGUGUUGGUUAUUGGAGCUUUCAACUACCCCUUCCAAUUGACCCUGGGUCCCGUGAUUGGUGCUAUUGCCGGUGGAAAUACCGUGGCCAUCAAGCCCAGUGAGAACGCCUCCAGAAGUGCCGUCAUCAUCCAGGAGAUCGUCGAGGAGGCUCUCGACCCCUCCUGCUACAAGAUCAUCCAGGGCAGUAUCCCCGAGACCCAGGCCCUGCUGGCUGAGCGCUGGGACAAGAUCUUCUUCACCGGUGGUGCCAACGUUGGCCGCAUCAUCGCCAAGGCGGCCGCUCCGCACCUCACCCCCGUCGUCUUGGAGUUGGGGGGAAUCAACCCCGCGAUUAUCACCAAGAGUGCGGACCCGAGACUCGUCGCCCGUCGCCUGCUAUGGGGUAAGACCAUGAACGCUGGUCAGCUUUGCACGUCGCAGAACUACCUCCUCGUCGACCGGGCGAUUGUCCCCCGCGUUGUGGAGGAGUUCAAGAAAGCGUACAACGAAUUCUACCCGCAGGGAGCCAAGGCAUCUCCCGAUUACUCGCGUAUGAUUAACGCGGGUCACUUCCAGAAGCUCAAGUCUAUGAUUGACAACUCCGAGGGCAAGAUCUUGGUUGGUGGUACUAUGGACGAGAAGGAGCUCUUUAUUGAGCCUACUAUCGUCGAGGUCAACUCUACUGAUGACUCGCUCUUGAUCCAAGAGAGCUUUGGUCCUUUGAUUCCUAUUCUGCCUGUGGAUGACCUUGAUGAGGCUGUCAAGAUUGCCAAUGGCAUCCAGGCCACUCCUUUGGGUCUCUACCCGUUUGGUUCCAAGCAGGAUACCGACAAGAUCCUCUCGAUGACCCGCUCCGGUGGUGCCGCCGUCAACGACGCCGCAUUGCACAUUCCCACCCUUCCCUUCGGUGGUGUUGGUGAGAGUGGCUACGGUGCCUACCGUGGCAGAGCCAGUUUCGACACCUUCGUCCACCGUCGCCCUAUCACCACCAGCCCCAGCUGGCUCGAAUCCAUCCUCGCCAUCCGUUACCCUCCGUACGCCGGCAAGGCGGGUCCCUUCCGGGCUGCCAGCACGCUGGUUCCCGACUUCAACCGUGAUGGAAAGAAGCUUAGUAUGGGCUGGUUGCGGAUGAUCUUCACUCUUGGUGGUGGAAGUUCUACAGCUGGUGCUGGGAGAGCGGCUGCAGUUGCUGCAGACGACCGACAAUGAUUACCAUCGGAGCCCUUUUCUUUUCAACUCGACUGAUUUCCUUUUGUGUUGUGUCUGCGCCAUCGUGUCUUUUCAUUUUGGAUACCCCCAUAUACCCACCCAUACCCCAGAUCUAUCGAUAUAAUCCCCUAUUUCCUAAUCACCGUCGCUCUUUCGAUAUACAUAUGCACAUAUUUCCUGUCUAUAUAUCAUGUACUUACAAUCUCACUUGCACAUAACAGUGGCCUACGUUGUCAUGCGGGUUCUCGAACGCCGGGCGAAGCUCUGAGCCGGCCUGUUUUGAUUAUAUACGAACU